AUGAGAGUGCUUGGGGCCUUCCUGGCAAGUCUGGGGCUUCAGUUGGCGACUGCACAACCCCAUACUCACAAUUCCACCUACAAUAAUCCCAUCUUGCCGGGGUGGCAUUCGGACCCCAGUUGUACCUUUGUGGCAGAAUGGAAUAACACUUUCUUCUGUACCACGUCCUCGUUUUCAGCCUUUCCAGGCUGUCCCGUGUACGCGAGCGCCGACUUGACUCACUGGGAUCUCAUCAGCAAUGCUCUCAACCGACCUGCGCAGCUGCCGCAGAUUCAAACGUCGACCAACUCACAAACUCUCGGGAUAUUUGCAUCAACGCUGCGCUUCCACAAGGGCACCUUCUACCUUCUCACAGCGUGGCUCAACACUGAAAACAAUGGGACCCAAUUUGUGCUCUUCACGACGAAGGAUCCUUACGACGACAGUUCCUGGACAGAUGCCUUUCACAUCGAGAACCCGGAGGGCGCGAUUGAUCCCGAUAUCUUCUGGGACGAUGAUGGGCAAGUAAUCAUGGCGUUCUCAGGAGCCCCGAUUAAAGCCGCCUACAUUGACUUGUCCACUGGCAAAGCGGGCGAGCCAUUCGCCAUGUGGAAUGGUACCGGCUACAACAAUCAAGAAGGUCCGCAUCUGUAUAAAAAGGACGGAUAUUAUUAUCUUCUGAUUGCUGAAGGCGGCACGGCGAUCCUUCAUUCUACCACGAUCGCGCGCUCCAAAAGCAUCAGGGGACCUUGGGAAAGCUCUCCGCACAAUCCACUGGUCACUGCCCGCGAUACAGACCGCUACUUCCAGACCGUGGGACACUCGGAUCUUUUCCAGGAUCACAAUGGCAAUUGGUGGGGUGUGGCACUCGCCACUCGAGGAGGACCGACUCUGUUCAACGAGAACAUCUUUCCCAUGGGCCGAGAGACCGUCUUAUACCCGGUGAGCUGGCCAAAGGGAGACUGGCCGGUAGCGGACCCAGUCAAGGGGAAAAUGCGCGGUCCUUUGCCUGUCACGCCGUCCAAGGGAAAAAAGAAGUCGCCCACGUUCAUGGGAAUCGCGGACGUGGUCGACUUUGAGCCAGGCUCAUCAAUUCCCAAAGAGUGGUUGUUUUGGCGCGCACCCGCCAAGCCAGAGUCCUUUACAAUCUCUCCGCCAGGUCAUCCACACACUCUCCGGCUAACUGCCUCCAGAGCCAAUCUCACGGGCGAUGCAUCGUUCAAAGCUCUGGAUGGACUGACUCUGAUCACUCGUCUUCAAACGAACACCCUCUUUGAAUUCUCCGUGGACGUACACCUGGGCUUCAACAAAGUUCCCGGCGACGAAGUCGGCAUCACCGUCUUCCUGCAUCAAGACCAUCACAUCGAUCUUGGGAUCGUUAUGGAAGAGGAUAGUGCCCAUUCCAGAAAAUUAUCCUUCCGCUGUCGGGCGACUGACUCGGCGGUUGUGAAAUCUGAGCUUCCAUCGCCGGUCAUUACGCCCAUUCCCGCGAAAUGGAUGGAUUCGUCGAUCCGCCUGUUCAUCAAUGGCGUCAAUAGCACUCACUAUGAAUUGUCCGCUGCGCCCACCGCUAAGCUCCACGAGCGCAGGCAGCUAGCGAUCUUCUCUGCGUCCCUCGUCAGCGGCCCCCUGGUGUUCACCGGAACUCUGCUUGGGGCUUAUGCAACCACAAAUGGUGGAACUCAUGCCAUGGAAGGGUAUGUCAGUAGAUGGCGAUAUACCCCUGAGGCGCAACAAAUCGGCUAUGGUGAGUUUGUGUGGAAUCGGUGA